AUGAUGGAGGAUAUCAAAGCUUUCUACUCGUUACUUGAAGCUUCUGGCAUUCCUAAACGAUACACUCAUAACUUGGGGGAUUGUCAGAUAAUGUACUUGGAAGUUUCAAAGAAUAAGCAUGCCCGACCAGAGACUUAUCGGGAUGAGUGGGAAGAUGACCGUUUAGUACUGCAAGCUCAUGAGGACUUCAAGAAAUACACCUUAAAUGGAGUCACCAAAAAAUGA